UUCCAUUUGUGUCAGCCCUUUGGGGUCAGCAUACAGCAGCGGUCUCCUCUGUGGUUUUUGUUUUUUUUUUUUUUUUCUGGAAACAACCCAGUUCAGAGCUCUGAAAGAUGUUCAGCAGGUUCUGUCCUGCUGUGUGGCUGAUGAAACUGGUAGGCCAGCCACUUCCUCUUGGUUACCAUGGAAAUGAUCAGGCCGCUGGCCCUCCGAAAACGGAAAAGAACAGCAAGUUCAAGACCACGCAUUCCACCCCGGCUUGCAGAUGAAACCAGCUGUCAAGCCAGGGUGAAGGAUCAGCGGCCAGGCAGAGGCUUGAGGGACAGAAAGACAAGGCACCACCGUGGAACCCUAAGAUGGGGUGUGAGCCUGUCUGAGAAUGAAGCCUACCCAAGAGAGAGAAGAACUAAGAAACAAGGAAGCAUCUCUGCCAGCCUCUUUUUAAGUAGCUGGAUGAAGCCACCGGAACUCUGUUGAUUAUUCACAUAUGCAGUGUGUGGGAAGUGGAAUCUUACAAGGAACUGCUUGUCUCCUGAAUUCCAGGAAGUCGGGACCUGAGGGGGAGGGCAUGUGCGUGUUGAAGGCUUCUGGGUACAGCAUACUCAUAAUUAGACAGCUGGCGAAUGUGCUUGCUCAAAUCACUCCAAACCCCUGCCCGUGGACAGAAUGCGAUAGGGCUUCUUCCUGGGAUCCACUCCGGCUCUCUUGGCAUCUUAAUACAACUGUCAGCAGACAUCGCUGGGAAUUGCAUGCCUCAGCUAAGCCGGGCUCAGAGGUUUGGCUGCUGCUUCUCCUGAGCCUCUGAGAUCAGAACAUUUUUGCCUGCCUGCAACAGAGAAAAGUUUACAACUUCUUACUUAGGGGCCUCCUUUUCCAGAAGCUGUGUAUUUCUGAGGAGCAGCUGUGGUAAUCAAGCUGCAUGUUUUCUUCCAGAUGAGUUGCAAUGAACUGGCUUCUGAAGGGGUAGCAGGAACGCACUAGCCCACACUGGGCAGGAAUGGCACUGCCUUCCAGACACAGCCUUCUCCUGAUCGGCGCCCUAAGCAUCUUCACAUUUGACUGUUUCACUGAAGGUCAGAAGAACAGCACGCUAAUUUUCACAAAACAAAACACCAUUCGGAACUGCAGCUGCUCUGCAGACAUCCGGGACUGUGACUACAGUUUGGCUAACCUGAUGUGCAGCUGUAAAACCGUCCUGGCUUUGGCAGUAGAGCAAACCAGCUACAGUGGCCAUCUGACCAUCUGGUUCACGGACUCAUCAGUGCUGGGCCGCCUGUUGAAUUUCACACUGGUCCAGGAUUUGAAGCUUUCUCUGUGCAGUUCCAACACCCUUCCCACCAAGUACCUGGCUAUUUGUGGGCUGAAGAGGCUUCGCAUCAGCACAGAGGCCAAGUAUCCCUUCCCAGAGCAAAGCUUACUCAUCCAUAGCACUGGUGACGGUGAUUCCCAAGGGUUGCCCACAUCGUUACACAAAGACCAGCAAACAUGUAUGUAUAUUUCGUUCUUAGAUGUGGCUCUUUUCAACAGGGACUCAUCCUUAAAGUCAUACAGUAUUGAAAACAUUGCCAGUAUUGCCAGUGACUUUCCCGACUUCUCUUACUUUAAAGCCUUCCCCAUGUCAAACAACAAAAGCUAUGUUGUCACUGUCAUUUACUAGUAUUAUAACUAUGUCCGCAGCUAGGAAACUUGGCAGCAGACAAGUGACUUAAACAAGGAAUCUGGGAACAAGGCCAUCAUACAGGUAUCCCUAUGCACAGCUCAGCCUCUGUCUCCAGUUCCCAUGUACAACUGAGCCACACCUAUAAAUAUCCAGCUCUCUCUGCUUUAGUCCACAUUCAAUCUCGGGAGCUGUUUUGAAAAGGAAAGUAACAAGAAACUCAAAACAAAUGAUUCAGUUUGUGACCAUAUCUUGAGGACCAGCUAGAGGCUAGAUCGUUGUAACUGGAGCCUAUGAAGAGAUGUCAGAUCAGAAGUACGGAAGGCUGGAGUUUGUAAGGUAUCUUCUUUCAAAAUGAAGCUGUCUCCUCUUAUCUGUGGGUGACACAUUGUAAGACUCCCUAGUGGAUGCCUGAAAUGGCAGAUCGUACCAAAUCCUACAUAGAUGUUUUUUGCCCACAUGUACCUAUGAUAAAGUUUAACUUGUAAGUUAGGUUAUAGACUAAUGAUAAUCACUGAUAGAACAAUUAUAUUAAGUUGUAAUAAAAUUAUGCAAAUAUGUUUUCUCUCUCUCAAAGUACCGAUUUGUACUAUACUCACUGUUCUUGGAAUCAUCUGCAAUGAUACUUAUUGGAUGUAUUUUAUGGUGGGACAGCAUGAAAUUGUUAUAAAUUGCCUUUUUCUGGAAUUUUUUAUUUAAUAUUUUCAGACUGUGGUUGACCACUGGAAACUAAAACCUUGGGAGGAAAACUGUGGGUAGGGGGGAAAUACCACACUACUGUAAUUUCUUCUGCUUCAUUUUGUGGCACUGUCUGGAAUUCCCCCAAUUGGAGAAUGAUAGAUUUCAAAGGUGUUAGGAAUUCCACAAAAUGAAUAGGUUCUCUUAAACUAAUAUCUUCCAAACACCUUGCUAAAAGAAGAUGCACUGAGAAACAAGAGUUUUGAGAUUUUGUUUGUGGAAGGUAGGAAGAAUUAGAACAGAUGUGGAGUGGGAGGGAUUAGUACCAAAUAAAGGCACAAGGGUUCUGAAGAGAAAGGUGUGGAAGUGGUAAUCAGAGAAUAUAAAAACAACUGCAUACUGUAUCUCAAAAUUUUGCUUAGACUGCUGCCUAGACCUGGGAAACAUUUUCUUCUAGCUCUCUUUCAUUUCCUUCUCUUUAUUUGAAUCUCCUACCUUUACUCACGAUUCUGGUUCUGCUAUUUGUCUUCUCAUUUUCCUCCUCCUUCUGUUUCUUUUCUAUGUGCUCUAGAAAUUAGAAUUUAGAUUAAGAUCAGAAGAACUGUUAAACCACAUUAAGGGCUAGCCCAGGAAUCUAACAAUCACUUAUUGCAUUCUCAUGUGCUCGAAUUAAUUAAUUUUUUGUAGUGCUGAGGGUUGAACCUGGUGGAUGGUAAGCUUGGAUUCUAACACAGUUACAUUCCCAGACUUUGACAAACUUUUUUUUAGAAGAGAUAAUUAAUAAAGGAACUUCUGGCACUCAGUUUAUUUGCAAGUUUGAAAUUGAAAAGUUAGCUGGGCAUUGUGGCGAACACCUGUAAUCUCGGCAUUCAGGAGGCUGAGGCAGAAGGAUUAUUGUGAGUUUGAGACUAGCCUGGGCUACAAAGUGAGUUUAAGGCCAGACUGAACUGCAUAGGGACCCUGUCUAAAAGAAAAAAAGAAACAAAAAUUGAAAAGUUAGGAUACUUUACACAGCAUGUUAACACAAGAUGGCAUUAUGCGUGUUAUAAAAGGAACCAAAGCAAUACAGUAUUUAAAAACUUUAGUUGGCUCACCAUUGGUGCAAUGAAAAGUUCCCCUCACAGAGACCCAGUUUUUCAUUAGUGGAAUGGCAAUUGUGGUACAAAUGUCUAACUCAGGAUGCAUUCAUGAUACCAUAAUGACAAAAAUAAGUUUUACUAUGAAAUAACAUAAUGGCCUACGUUGGUCAUUGUCAUUAUAUAUCAUGUUCAUCACAUUUUUUCCUCCGUAACCUUAGGGUAAUUGAAAUAACCCAAAAUUUACACAUUUGCUUAAUUGGUGGGGGAUUUGGCCAUUCAAGCUAAUUAGCAUGAAUCUAUAAUGUCAGUAUUUAAAUUAGGCCAAACCAAGACUAAAGUAUGAAUUGUAAUAGAAAAGUGUUACGACCUCAUUACUGAUAUUGCACUUUAGAGACAGCUUUAAAGUUACAGGAAAAGACAACAGAAAAAAAGGGAGGAGAAAAAAGCAAGAAUGAUUUAAAUGAAAAAAUAAAUGUAUAUUUACUAUCUGAAUUUGAAUGGUAUUUUAUCAAUAAUGUAUAAAAUUAAAUGACAUUAGUAAUUAUGUGAAAUAUAUAAAUCAUUGUAGGUCAAUGGGAUUUAAACCAAUAGAAAGUAAACCUUUAGUUAUCUACUAGCCUUGGGUUUCCACAUCUGUUAUAGGGUCUGUUAUAGGAUAAACAGGAGACAGAAAACCCAGCACAGACAUGGGGAUAAAUGGCAUUUGACACUCAGCUGCAGGACAGGGUGAUGGCAGGGAGCAAUGGAGUGGUAGUAAACCAGGGUGUUCCUAAAAGGUGCCCAGAGGGUCCUCAGUGGGGCAGCUCCAGCUGAGUGCUGAUGUGGGACCAGAGCAUAGGGCCAGAUUUAAUGCUUCAAGAAUAUUAGGUAUUCCCACUUUUUAUGUGAAACUUUGCAAUUUUCAAAUGCUGGCAUGUCCUGGUCUGUUUUCAAUAACACUAUGAGGGUCAAUAAACUAUGCAAGUGGUCCCAUCUGGCCUGGGAGUAGCAGUUUGUCACCUCUGGGCUCUGGUUAUCAGUGUCCUAGUUAGGAUUGUCAAUUUCACGGUCUUGAGAUACACCUAGUAGAUUAGUGAAGCACAUUUCCUGUGUGUCUGGCUGAGUAGCACACAAUACUGCCUCUAGUUCCUGGCCUCUUCCUGUCUGGUUCUGUUCCCGUUUUGCUUCUUGGCCACUGAUGAAAUGUCUUGGCUCCAUGUACCCUUCUAGCAAAUGAUCUUGCCAUGAGGCCAAAUGAUUAUGAACUGAGUUCCCUGACAUUGUAAGCCAAAUGAAUCUCUUCUCCUUUAAAUUGUCUGCAUUGGGUAAUUUUCCAGGUGUGGGUUAAGUUAAUACAACUGAUAAAAGUUUAACCACCACCUCUCAAAAAAAAAAGAAGUGAAUUUUGCUUAAAAUAUGUCUAGCUGGGUGUGGUGGCACAAGUCUGUAAUCCCAGCACUCAGUAGGCUGAAGCCGAAGGAUUGUUAUUUUAGGAGUUACAUGAACGUUAAGCCAAAAGAUAUGUAGAGCGAACAUCCUUUAAGCAACUUCCUUGCUAGAUCCUAUGAAAUUUUUCCAAUAUUGGAUGUUUGUUUCCUCAAGCUAAAGGAACUGCUGAGAUCAUGAGUCUUGGGGUGUAGGUCACUUGCCGUAUGGAGAGGCCUAUUUCCUUCCCAGCCUGUACCACAGGUGGAAACAUCAGUGCUCUGCACUUGCCUUAGAGAUCAGCCCACUUUGACGUGAAGACUUGUGAUCAUCCCUAAAGUGGGAGACGGCGAAGCUGAGGUGCUUAGGACCUUGGGAGAAAAAUGAUUUUGUGUUUAGAACUUGAGUAAGCCUACGACAGUUCCCCAGAAGGAAUAAGGGAAGAAAGGAAUGAAGAAAAGAUAUGAAGAACAUUUUACACACAUUAGGUUGGCAAAUAUGGGAAUCAGACAAUCACACUUCCCACACUUUCUUUCUUGUAAUUUUAGGACCACCUUCUGUCCAGAAUUUACAGGAAGAUGUUUACACACUUGAUGUAAUGUGUUACGGGAAAUGUGAUGUGAUGAGGAAUUUUUGUAUAAUGCAUUUGGAUCUGAACAGUCUCUAGUCACAACUCAACAGUGCAUGAGGUUGCUUUUGCUCAGUCAGACUUCAAAAAAGCAACAAGAGGCUCUAAAGAGAGGAGAACCAAUCAUAAAGACCUACUGACAUAAAUGGUACAGGUACAGCACAAAUAUAUGGCAGUUAGUAAAACUUCAUUUAAUCAUUCACUUAUAAUAAGCACUUAUUGUAUGCAUGUUGUACUUCAAUAGUUUUAAAAUACAGCAAUGAAUAUCAUAACUGACAAGUAAUUAUCAGAACUGACAAAUAUGAACACUUCAUCACCAUGAAUUGCAAAGAAAUUGUGAGCUUCAUAGUAGGUUUGCUGUUGGUAGUAGUAUUAGCACCAUUUCUGAAACUUUUGUUUACAUUGUAAGAUCAUAUAAACAUCAACAUAAUGAAGUUUUGGGGGAAGCCAGGGUUCUAACUGUAGAAAGUAUGAAAUUGAGGGGGAAAGUACUGGCUACAUGAGCCAGUUUAAUGGAGUACAUGAGCCAAAUUAGGAACAGUGUGAACACUAAAGUGGGUGUAAAUGGGUUAUAGCAUAUUGCAUUUUAAAAGCAUCCUACGAAUCUCCACUGUCACUAAAAAAGGGAAGAAAAACGUUGCAAGGGGUAAGAGAAAAUUCUGCUAUACAGAAGAAGGGCUAUUAAUAAACCUAGAAGGAAUAAUAGAGCUAUCAAGUCACCAACACCAUAAUAAUAAGAAAGUCUGAAAAGAGUCUUUCAUGGAAACUAAAAGGACAGGAAGAAAUACUAGGGAUAUGCAUAUAACUUAGAAGUACCAUCACGCUAUGGGUUACUUACUAAUUACAAAAGUUACCCUUAAUGUGUGGAAAGGUCUAUAAAGGAGUGAUUAAACAACUGAGUGAUUAAAUUUACCAUGGAACAAAAGUUCCACCUAGUAUGACGCUCAGAGGACCAUUAUGUGUGUACAAAGUAUUUUUGCAAAAAGUGUCAAAUGUGGGGCUGGGGAUUUAGCUCAGCGGCAUAAGCACCUGCCUUGCAAGCAGGCAGUCGUGAGUCCGAUCCCCAGUACCGAUAAAAAGGGGGGGGGGAAAGUGUCAAAUGUGCAUCUAAUCCAAAUCUAAACUAAGGGACAUUCUUAAAAAAAAAAAAAAAAAAAAAGAAAGAAAGAAAGAAAGAAAGAAAAACUGACCUGGAUGCUUCAAAAUUCUCAAGUAAUAAGGGGCUGGGGAUUUAGCUUAGCAGCAUAAGUGCCUGCCUUGUAAGCGCACGGUCGUGAGUUCGAUCCCUGGUAUCAAUAAAAAAAAAUUCUUGAGUAAUGAAAAUUAGAAGAUAAAAAAGGGUGGGGGGCUGUGAUGGAUGCCAUCUUGGAUAAAGGUGAAUAAAUAACCAUGAUGACUAAAUUGAUGGAUCAUAGAUUGUGGGGAAAAACAACAAAUACAAAGCUUCAAAAGACAUUUUCAGGAUAACUAGGAGAAAUUUGGAUACUGGAUAAUAGUAAUGUAUUAAAGAGUUCAAUUUCUUGAGUGUGAUAACUGCAUUACGGUGUAUAGAGGAAUGUCCCUCUUAGGACGUACUUAUGAAAUAUACAGAGGUACAGUGCCCACAGGUAGCUACCAAAUGACUCAGCAAAGAAAGACAGAUAGAAAGCAAAGCAAAGCAAAUCAAAGCAGUGUAAUACUAACGGUGAUGAAUCUAGGGAAAGGAUACAUGAAUGUUCAUGAGGAAGAGGAAUUUGGAGGUGGGCACACAACUAGUAAGUGGACAGGCGUGCUGGUCCUUUCACCAGAAAUCAGUAUGCUGCUGCUGCUGCUGCUGCUGCUGCUGCUGCUACAGACAUAGUAGCCACUGCUGUCACCACCAGCCCUGCCUUCUGAUACUCAAGAAACAGGACCUGGAUACUGAAUGCUAGUGAAGCAUCCUUGACUGCCACAACUGUUUCUAAUACCCACAGAGCUGAUGACUAGGAGACUUGACAUGGAGUCUCACUGCCACUAAUGGACUAACCACCUUCCCCCUUGGUAAGCAGAAAUGGUCAUCCAAGACAAUGUCAUAUUCAUCUCUGAAUCAAAGCAAUCAUCCCUGGUGAUUCAGAUGCAUGAUGUACCCAAAACAGCCAACCAACAUACUCAACUCUCAGUUAAAUGCAACCAUUGUUGUGUCUUCUAAUAGAAGUAUUUCUUCUUCAGGUAAAGGACUGUUUAAACUACUGAUUUGCUGAUACAGGUAGUAAAUGCUUAAAUUCCUAGGUAUAAUAGAAAUAAAACAACUUCCAAUCUUAGGUUCUUAGAGCCAUGUAUUCUGGCUACAGGAUCAUGUAUUCAUUGCUGGUUCAAAACAUAAUGCUAUUGGGGCUGGGGAUUUAGCUCAGCGGCAUAAGCGCCUACCUUGCAAGCAGGUAGUCAUGAGUUCGAUCCCUGGUACUGAUAAAAAGGAAAAAGAAAAAAAAAACAUAUGCUAUCUAUAUUCAUAAAACAGGAUUUCCCACCCCUCUAGGAAGCCCUUUCCAACUGGCACGGUGGCUAGGUCUUCAAUAGUCCACUCCAAUUCCUAUGAACAGAUUCUUUCGGAUAAUGAGAUACAUGAAAAGACUGGCAAACCAUGUGAACAUUAGCCCAUUUGGUCACUUCUAGCAUCAUGAAAUUGACUCCUGGUCAGAGCAAUGUUAUAUGAGAUACCAUGGUGAAAUAAAGCAAGCACUAACUCCACCACUGGGUAAUGUUAUUAGCAGAAGUACUACAAACAGGAAAGAUAAGUCAUAGAAUAAGCGUUUAUUUCAUCCAGUGAGGACAAAUUGCUCUCCCCUCCAUGAUAGGAAAGUCUAGUACAGUGGUGAUAAGCCUAUGGCACACACGCUACAGCAGGCUAUGUGUAUCAUUGGAAGCUCUAAAAGGUUCACCACCAUUGGCCUAGUACAAUGAAACUGGCUGCUUUGCCCAGGAAAUAUUCCAAAUUAGAGGAUCAACACUGGUCUCUGCUGUUGGGAGUUGGAUAUUAAAGAGUUGGAUCAGUAUUAGUGAAAGGAAGUUCACUUGUUGAACCCAUACAAAAUCUUUUUCCUGACAUCAAGACUACUGCCCUUGAGAUUACUGAAUAAGCACUGAAUUAACUAUCUAAAGAAAGCAGAUUAAUAUCGAUAGAACGAGCUGUCUUAUCAACAAAGUUAUUAAGAGCGUGCUUUUCAGUGUGAUGACUGGAGUAUCUGCACUACUUUCACUCAUUUGUACUGUGCUGCCUUGCGUGUCCACCUUCAUAUUUUGAAAGAUCAGAUAGGGUUAGCUCAUUUGGGGCAUCUAAGAUUGCAUGGUGAGUUUUUUGUUAUCCCAAGUAAACCAUUCGUUUGUAUUAGUGCUUAAUGGAAGCCAGGUACAAUUACUUGAAAGGAGCCUACUUGUCAUUUAAAUGAAUUCAGUGGAUGUACUUACUAUCUGAACCAUGUUGUCACAGGCCCAAGAUGAUCUUCAUUAUGAGAGUUUCAGGCCAUAGAACUUAAUGCAACAUUUAACACGACAGUGAAAACAAGGACCCAGGAUUAAGCAAUGAAACAUUUGAAUAUUUAUGGGGUCAUUUAAGGGUGGAAAUAACAUGAAACUGGAAUUUUUGGAAGUAAAUGUUUCAAAACAAACCCUCCAGAAAAAAGGACACUGAUGAGAGGCAUUUACUGAUAUGUAUGGCGUACAUAUUCCCGCUAAGGCCAAUUUCAAAUGAAGAAUUCAAAUCAAUUUUGUAAUCUACUAAUUUCAAUUUUAUCCCUGAAUAUUCCUACUUUCCACACUGCUUUGCUGUUUUCAGUCUUUUCCGAGGUCAAAUUCGUUAUUUUUGUUAUUAGUUUUGCAAUGAUGUGCGACUGCUGAACUUGAAAUGCAUGCAGUUAGUUGGCUGAAAGCUGUUGAUGGGUUAAAUGAGAGGAACACAGAGGUGCCCUCCUGAUUGACAAGAGGUGAGUCAUGAGGGAAGCUGUCAAGCGGAGGGUCAGCAAGGUUGUGGAAACAGAAGUCUGAUGGGAGCGGUCUGAAGAGGGACUGCACCUGAGGAAGUACGUUCAAGGAGCAGAGACCAUUGUAUGGACAAGUUCAGCUGUGGAGACCGGAGAAAAUGGUCUUCAUGACUGCAGGGAGGCCAGAAAGGUCGUUUCUCAAUGAAUCAAGGAAGUGUGUACACUGAUUGGAAUGACAUGGUAGAAAGGGCUGAUGAUGCUGAAGAUACAGCACAGGGCUUGGAGAGUCAAGGCUGUAAAGAAGUGGGAUAUAGUGCAUAAACUGUUGUAUUAAUCUUUAAGGGGAAGAGGAUACAUUCAAUUCCAUGACUGGGGAGGCCUGGGAGAUGGGGAUAGAUGCAAGUUUUGGAGAGUUGGUUCCUUCUGAGGAUUUUAUCUUUUCAGGGAAGAAUUCUGUAGUGAUUAGUUGGGAAUGGGAUAAAGAGCUUUGAGAAAAGAGGAAACUAUAUAAAAAUUAUGUCAUGGUUUGGAAAAGUACAUUAGCCAAGAAGACAUAUGAAGAAUACUGGGUAGAGAAAUUAGUUGAAAUCCCUCACAUGUGUGAGUUCUUCAUUAACAUGCAUGUUUUAUUAAAGUGAUAAGAGAAACUGAUUUUUAAAUAAAGUCAUCUUCACAUUUUAAAAGCUAAAGUGUAUUUAUUUUAAUUUAAAAAUCUUUCUUGUUUCUCCUUAUUGGUCUGUUGAGUCAGUAUUGUGUGGUUUGUACUUUGCUGGAAAAUACAUUAUCUGUAAAAUUUCAGAGGUAUUAUUACUACAUUGUACAUAAUAUUGUCAUGAUUCAGCCUCUUCCCAAUCUCUAGUUAUACCUAAAGCUAUGAGGGGUAUAUGUGUGUGUAACAUGUUGUUACUUUACUAGCCUUAGUAUUUUUUCUAUAAUACCUAUAUUUUGGAUUUUAUUUACUAUUUACUAAUUUAAUUUUCUUUGAAUAUUCCCACUUUCCACAUGGUUUUGCUAUUUCUAAUCUUCUCUGAAGUUGAAUACUUUGUUAUUUUUGCAAUGAUAAACAAAAACUACACAGUAUUAUUUUAUCUAUAUACCAUAUACUUUUAUAUUCACAUAUCAACAUUUCUAUUAAUUUCUACAUAACUUCAUUAAUUACCAAGUAGUUAAGUAUUUUUUUUAGACAAUUAAGAAUGUUGCUUAACUUUUUGGAUUUUUCAGUUAAUUUUUUCUAUUUGGAAAAUGUGCCUGUAAUAUCUUUAUUUGGGAGAAUUUGUUGUUUUUAAAAUUCCUACAUUAUUGCUUUUUAUAAAUACUUCAUUGAUGACAGUCCGCAGCAUACAAAAUUGUCUCUGUAUUUGUCAGUAACUAUCUACUUAAUCUAUACUCACUGAUUAUAUUAUUAGCAUCUCACAUAAUCUUAUGUGAUUUCUGAACAAUUGAUUUACAUGCUUCAGAAAAACAUAUCAAAGUGUUCCACAAUGAAGAAAUAUACUGUGGUAAUAUUUAGUGCCCAUUAAAGUUGUGUAUUAAGCGUUUAAAACAAAACAGGGGCAGAGAAGGCAAUUUCUAGCUCUGUCACAGCUAGGGUCCUCCUGCGAGAGUACAACAAAGAAGAGAAGCCAAGAGAGCUGAAGAUGUUACAAAAGAAUAUAGCUCUUGUUCCGUGAAGCCCAAUAUGGAUAAGGAGAGAAACAAAGACAAGAAGAUAGUAGAUGGAGGAAAGUGAUAGAUGCACUGGUACAGAGAGCAAGCAGACUGGACAGACAGGAGUGAAAUAAUUACAGGAUAAUAUUCCCAGCAACCUCCAGUAAGUGGAAAAGGUCCAGGGUGUAAUCAUCAGGGCAGGUGGCUGGAGUGGUAGGUAGGACUACUGAAUGAAAGGUGAUGUUCAGGAACCAAGGAGGUAGGGAGAUUAUCCUCUGGAAUAUUACAGAGAAUGAAUGAGCAAAUGAAUAUUCCUCAAACAGUUCUGGAAGAAAAUACAACAAGAAGUAUAAUAAAAUCAUGGGUGUUUUGGGUUGUCCUUUUUACAUUGUUUUACAUUUUCUAAAUUUCUAAGAUGUGUAGGCAGUAUUUUUGUAAUUAGGAAAAGGUUACUUUUGAAAGUUCAUUUGCUUUGUUUCUUGUCUCCUUGCUGAGACAAAAUACCCAAUACUCAAAGUUAAAGGAGGAAAGGUUUAUUGUGUAGCUCACGGUUUACAUAAUUUCAGUUCAUCAUUAGUUAGCUCUAAGGCAGGCAGAGCAGGAAAGCAGUAGACAGCAAAGAGCAACAAGCAAGGACCUUCUUUCUGUCCCUUGUAUUUUUCCCAGGGAGGACCUUCCCAUUAUCCACUCCCACAACUAUGCACAACCAACCAGUGGACUAAUUUAGUAAUCACACACCCUUGAUCCCUGCAUCACACACACUAGAUCCAGUCACCUGUGAAAAGCCCUACCUGUGACCAUAUGAGCUUUGGGAGAACAUCUAGACACAAGCCAUAACAUCCAUGUACAGUUUUAAAUAAAUUUAAACCUAUGUCUCAUUUUUCUUGAUGUAAUCCCACUACAAUCUUACUGUGUAUUUAUUGUACAACUUUGCUGCCUUCUAGUAAAACUAAAGGAUACAAAAGUAGAAACAUUAAUUCCUCUAUAAUUUAUGCCCAGAGGGAAUGUUUACAACUAUUGUCUUCAAUAAUGUGUCUAUUUAAAAAUUUUCCUUCCAGAAGAACUAUGAUAUAUAAAUCACAUUGAUACCGCACAGGUGAUGUUUGUCACCUUUUGCUUUUGCAUUUGAUUAUACAGUUCUUAGCUAUGCAUGAAAUCUAAGAAAAGUUUACUAAAUGCGACACCCUAGAUCUGAUAAUCACCUUGCAGAAAAAUAUUCUGCUUUAGUCCCAGAAAUCCUUACACAUUUUCUAAUGAGGAAGACAUUUAAAGGGCCAUUGACAAGUAUGGCUGACAUUUUUUUUUCAAAAUAACUUUUUAAAAAUCUGGAUCUUUUAAACCUGGGCUGAAUCAAUGCUAAUGGUUUAAUAGAAAAGCUGAUUUUACUGCAUUAUAAACAAUGGUUAAGUUUUAAUGGCAUUUGAAACAAAUAAUUUAGGUAUAUUUUGGUAUUAAGGGUUAGACCCCUGGCCUCACACCAAUUUCAUGCCCUACCAUUAGCUACACUCAAGCUUAGGAAUUUUCCAUUUCAAAGUAGGGACAGUUACAUGUGGGGAAUGGCAAUGAAGGUACUUGUCUUUCUUUGUGAGUUACUUUCAAUAACUAUGUACUUGGAGGAGAAAAAGCUUUCUUCACUUUUACCUGCUAUUUAAAGGCAUGCCUGUGGAAAGCCUUAAGGAGAGAAAUAAAGAGCUCUUUGCUAAACAAUAGUAGCAGCUGAAGUUAUUAAACUGGUAAUUUAAAAAAAGUUGUAAAUUUUUAGGCAUAAAAUUAACAAUCAUAUCAAAUUUUUAAAAACUCAAGUUGUUUUGUUGGGCUUUGGUUUUUGGCCUCAAACGUUUUAACAAAAAUAAACUUGAAUAUUUUAAGCAAACAAACACAUACUGCAAAAUAAAAUAUUAUUAACAACAAAACCAAAAGAUAUUUCCUAUAGGUACUCCAGGGGUAUCUCAGGGAAUCCACAGACAGGAGUGCAGUCCAGUUUCAGUGACCUGGAAAAGUACUAGAAUCCAGCAUGCUAUUUAUUUCCUGUCCUCUUCUGUUUUCUCCACACCUGCUUCCUUCUUUCCUGAUACAAUAACUUAUUUUCUUGGUUCUUAGGUAUCACAGCAGUCUGUGGCUUUUUUAUAGCUUUUGAGGUCACUGCGGUCCCAGGCAUUGUUUGUUUCACGUGCAAAGUCUUCUGAAAAUAUUAUUUCAUUCAUUUUGGAUCGACCAGUAUAAUGUAACCCAUGCCUGGCCCAAUCUGAACUAGGUUUUUGCUCCUAGGUUGGGUGUCUUCCUCGCUAGAGGAAGCAGUUCCCAGAGCCAGAAGAGAAAAGGUGCCUAUUACUACUCUAAGAACAGGAAAUCAAAUAACAAAUGCUGGCAAGGAUGUGAGGGAAAAGAAACUCUUUAUUGGUGGGAAUGUAAAUUAUUAUCACAUUAUUGGUGAGAAAGUAAAUUAGUUCAACCACUAUAGAAAUCAAUAGGGAGAUGCCCAAACAAAUUAACACUAGAAGCUCCAUUCAACUCAACUAUUCCCCUUCUAGGAAUCUUCCUGAUAGAAUUAAAGAUAUAUUACAGUACACAUGCAUAUUUAUGUCUAUAGCAGGAUAACUCAGAAGAGGCAGACCUUAGAAAUGCCUUAUGUAUGCAUAAGCAGAUAAAUGGAUAAAGAAAACAUCAUAUUAUACACAACAGUACUACUCUGCCAUAAAAAUUUGAGUCAUUUGUAAAUAUCGUAGUCUCCCUAGUGUAAAAAGAAAAACAAAACGGAAA